AUGAAACGAAUUGCUGAUGAUAUAGGAGUGAACUUCAGUAACACUAAUGCACCACCAGAUAUCUUAGACAUGCGAAUUUUUAUGGAAAAGCUUCACUCAAUACCUAUACCAGAUUUGAGAUCACUACUAGAGAGCAAUAACUUCUACAACGCUUCAAGCAUCAUGAAUUUGAGUCAAGUGGAUGCGACAGUACAUAAGCUUCGCCGUUCCCAUCAGGCUCUGGACAAAUUUCCCGCUCGAAAUCCAUCCAUAAGCGAAGAAACAGGAACGGCAACGAUGGUUCGAGUUGGCAUGGAGAAGGCGACGCAGAAGGACAUCCCUCAUUGUUUAAUAGUGAAUUGGACGCAGUACCUUCUCCUUGUAGCUCCACCUACCGCUCAUUACUACAUAAUUCUUGAUCCGUGGGUGGCAGUACCGAGUAACGAAUACAUGGAGCGACUCAACCAAGUUCUCAACGAAACGUCACCAAGAACUAUAACUAAUUAUGUAAUGGUACAGUAUAUACUGUCGUGGUUACCUCUGUUAGAGAAGAAGUACAGUGAUCUACUAAAUUGGUUCAAAUCUAUGGUCGAUGGUACAGUACCUCCACAGAAUAGAAGUGAAGCUUGUUUCGUUGAAACUCAGAAGCAUUACAAAGUGGCCAUGUUAGCGAUGUACGCGCGUUUCCGGUCGACACAGGUCCUAAGACAAGUAGCGCUAGAUAUGGUCAAGGGGAUUAUUGAAGGUCUUAAAGAAGAGAUCAGAGAGAACAAAUGGAUGGACGAGAAGUUCAAAAAGGCUGUGUUAGAAAAGGUGAAUCUAAUCAGUUGGAGCCUUCUUGACGAUCAUUUGUUCUACAACGAUUCUGCAUUGGACAUGUUAUAUGCCGCGCAUUCAUCGCUAGUAAAUCGACCUUUUCUCGAUAUGCUGGAUGAAGUUGCUUUAUUAGAAAAGAUAGAUUCUUUCAAUGCGGUUGUGAAAAUGACUUCUAUGGAGGAACUGAGGGCAGUGUAUAGAACAUUUAGUAAAAUGGGCUAUCAAGUUAAUGCCUAUUACAUGCCAUCUCUCAACAACAUAAGUAGACGUUUCGAUGGGAAAGGAGUAGAACGAGAUUGGUGGAAAGGAAUGGAUAAAACAGUUCAACGAAAAGGCAGAGUGCUAUGUGGAACAGUACGGAAAAGUGAAAAUUCCAAAAUUCAACAUGUCUCUGAAGGAAGACUGACACUCGCGGAAAACACUGCCGAUAACGAAGGUUUAAAAAUCUCCUACAGGCAUUUAGCUGCAGGAAAGCUGGAACCUGAGAAGCUAGCCGCCAAGGAGGUAGCCUCCUCUUACGUGAGCGGUAGCCUGCACGAAGUCAUAAAUCCCUAUGAAGCCUACCGGGAUUAUGUUGCAAAACAAACCGAUGCUGAGAAAAUCGAGUCUGUGGAUGGUUUCACUAGUGAUCACUUGUUUUUCCUCGGAUCCGCUUCGCUUUGGUGUCGCAAAACGGCAGAGUUUACCUUGUAUGAAGGUAUCACACAAGAACAUACACCUUCGGAGUACGUGAGCCACGACGUGGUCGAUGCGAAGACAUCGGCUGCACAAAUGCAGCUUGGCCACAAUCGUAGGCUGGCUUACAGAAUUCCGGAUAACGGUGGCAACGUGCGGUGGAUGGCCAUCCACAUUCUCGUUAAUCGAGCAGAAAACGCAUGA